UGUGACUUCAUAACUAAAUAUAAAGUAAAGUACAUUUUAUAAUAAGAAUGACUGACGCUAUUAGUGCAGCUAAAAAAGGUGACGUAGUUUUUCUACGAGAUUAUCUCCAAAACUGUACCGAAAAAGAAAUAACUGAUAAUCAUGGUUUUACGUUGUUCCACUGGGCCGCGCAGUUCAAUCACGUCCCGGUACUAGAGUUACUAAAAGAUUGCGGAGUUGAUGUUGGGAAAGCUACUGACUCCGGUGACACUGCUCUUCACUUAGCUACUUCUUUUGAAAGAAAAGAGGCCAUAACAAAGCUUCUUGAGUGGGACUUAGACGUAAAUUGCACCAAUGAACACGGAAAUACUCCCCUUCAUUAUGCCUGCCUUUGGAGAAAUAUGGAAAUCGCCGAACGUUUACUACGGCAUGGCUCACAAUUAAGACCGCUUAAUAAAUACGGAAAGGAGCCUUUAGAUUUUUGUGAUCGAGAACAAAAGGAAAUGUUGACUGAACUAGCAAAGAGCUUUAAUACAGGACUGGAGGUUGUCCCCUACAAAGAUGAACACCAUCAUGGACGCGAACUCAUUUCUUACAAGUUUGUAAAGCUUGAGAUCCCUCCAGGAGCCGUUAAAAUAAAGGAUCGUAUUUCUAAGGGGACUUACAGCGAUACUUUUACAGGCAUUUGGAAGGAAAGAAAAGUGGCUGUACGCCGUUUGAGAUGGUCGGAAAAGAUGAGCGAAAAAGUCAUCAACGAUUGGCUGCAGGAAGCCGGCCGUUUAUGGAAGAUGGAGGAUCCAGUAAAUUCCGUGCUCUCGAUAGUCGGAGUGAUUCGCUUGGAGGGCGGCUGGAGCAUUGUGUCGCAGCAUAUUCCCCGCGGAAGUCUCGAGGAAGUUCUCGCCGACUCGCAGCUCCACCUUAAAGUCGAGCAGAAGUACCGCAUGGCGCACGGCAUUGCGAAGGGCUUGCAGUACCUCCAUAGCCUCGAGGACCCUCUUCCUUACCUCCGGCUAAACCUCAAGAUGUGUUUGGUCGAUUCAAAGUUUAAUGUUCUACUGAACGUUGCUUCUGCUGGCUUCACCUUCAAUACGGCUUUCUUCCCUAUUACCCAUGAACCGGCCUACGUGGCUCCCGAGGUGCUGAAGCAAAUGGGAGUGCAGGACAGCUCCGCAGACGUAUACAGCUUCGGCGUUAUUCUGAAUCGUUUGUUUAGCCCCGCGGAGCCCUUCCAGGGCUUGCCUGCCUUAGUUAUUGGGACAAUGGUGCUAAAUUCGGACAUUCGCCCGAAAAUUGAGGCCGACACCCCGUCACACAUAAAUAAACUUAUAAGACUUUGUUGGGACAAAGAUGUUGACGCUCGUCCCCCCAUUUCUGAAGUUUGCAAAAUUUUUCAAAAGUUACUUUCCGGUUGAA